UCGAGAGUCUUGAGUUAUUAUGUAGUGUUAUUGGAGUGAUAUGUACCAGACAGUGAGCUCAGCCCGCUGCUGGCGUGCACUUCUCCAAGACGUCGGAGGUGGGAGCUGUGCGCAAAACACGACUCCAGCCUCUGAGUAAACGCGUGGUGCGUCUGGAAAAACUCCUCCACAACAAGACGGAGGGACACACGCCGAUCCAAGCGGAGGCCACGGGAGAGCUCCGACCUGGGAUCUCGUCGAGUCGCUUUUUGAAAGCGAGAAGGAGACGAGAAAGACAAGUGCUGGAGAGCUCCGGCUGGGUAAAGUGACAGGAUGCUUUCUGAGGUCCGAUGUUUGGAUGAUUGGGGAGAGGGCAGAGGACAUUUGGAGUCGUACCUGUGAGGCCUGCAGGGAAAUGCGCUGACAUCGGAGCUUUGAAUUUUUUUUUUUUUAAUAUCCCGGAGGAUGAGGAGGAUGCCGCGGUGACAAAACAGAAGAAGCUGGGUUUGCAUAGAUCGUAUCAGGCUGUCAGUGUGGAGUAGAGCUGGAGGCUGCGGGGCGGCUGUGUGCUGUGGGAAGUUCCUGAGAGCGCAAGAGAGGCAGAGUGGCAGUCGCUUCACAGAGACGCACUUGUAACAGAGGGGACAGGACUCCCCGCUCUGGUGGAUAUAUAACGCAGACUCACACCUCGGCCUCUUUGCACGGGCGCCUUUUGCUGUGGCAGCACCUCAGGGAUUUGGAGGAGGCGGGCGGGCGACCGGGGCCGGUGCUGGCGGGAUGAGGGUGCUGUGGCUGCCCCAGGAGUGGGCCUGGCAGGCUGUUCUCCUGCUGACCGGACUGGCAUCACUGAGCCGCGGCUCUCACGCCAACAUGUUGGACACCAUGCUGCUGAAGAACGGAUGGAAGGGGGGGUCAGAGCGGAGGACCGAGGAGAGCAGCAGCACGGCCCCGGUCGCGGCCCAGAACAUGCUCUGGUGUCACUGCUACCACCACUGCCCCGAGGACUCCGUCAACAAUACGUGCAUGACCGACGGAUACUGCUUCACCAUGGUGGAGGAGGAGGAGGGAGGCCUGGCGGUGCUCACGGCAGGUUGUUUGGGCCUCGCCGGCUCCGAGUUCCAGUGCAGAGACACGUGGAACGCGCGCUCGAGGAGGGCUCUCGAGUGUUGCACCGAUCAGGACUAUUGCAACAGAGACCUGCAUCCCACGCUCCCUCCACUCGUGACGUCAGAUUAUGUUGACAGCAGCAUCCAGUACAUGGCUCUCUUCAUCUCAAUCAUAGUCUGCAGUAUCAUCCUCGGUCUCAUCCUCGUCUUCUGCUACUUCAGAUAUAAGCGCCAGGAGUCACGGCCGCGCUACAGCAUCGAUCUAGAGCAGGAGGAGACCUACAUCCCCCCUGGGGAGUCCCUGAAGGACCUCAUAGAGCAUUCUCGCAGCAUCGGGUCAGGCUCUGGGUCAGGACUCCCUCUACUGGUGCAGCGCACCAUUGCCAAGCAGAUUCAGAUGGUGAAGCAGAUCGGAAAGGGGCGAUACGGAGAGGUCUGGAUGGGCAAGUGGAGAGGGGAGAGAGUGGCUGUCAAAGUCUUCUUCACCACGGAGGAAGAGAGCUGGUUCAGAGAGACGGAAAUAUAUCAGACCUUCCUGAUGAGACAUGAGAAUAUUCUUGGAUUCAUCGCAGCAGAUAUUAAAGGCACCGGCUCUUGGACUCAGCUCUACCUAAUCACAGACUACCACGAGAACGGAUCGUUAUACGACUACCUCAAGUCCAACACCUUAGACGUCAAGGCUCUGCUGAAGCUGGCCUAUUCCUCCAUAUCAGGCCUCUGUCACCUGCACACCGAGAUCUACGGCAUGCAGGGCAAGCCGGCCAUCGCCCACAGAGACCUGAAGAGCAAAAACAUCUUGGUGAAAAAGAACGGAUUCUGCUGUAUAGCGGACCUCGGGCUUGCUGUCAAAGUGAACAGUGAAACCAACGAGGUGGAUAUCCCUCCCAACCUGAGAGUUGGCACGAAGCGCUACAUGCCGCCUGAAGUGCUGGACGAGACCCUGAACAGGAGCUACUUCCAGUCUUUUAUAAUGGCUGACAUGUACAGCUUUGGCCUCAUUGUCUGGGAGAUGGCCCGACGUUGCAUCUCUGGAGGCAUCGUGGAGGAGUACCAGCUGCCCUACUACGACCUCGUGCCCACCGAUCCUUCCUACGAGGACAUGAGAGAGGUCGUCUGCAUCAAGAAACAGAGACCUUCGUUCGCUAAUCGCUGGAGCAGUGAUGAGUGUCUACGGCAGAUGGGAAAACUGAUGUCGGAGUGCUGGGCUCACAACCCGGCCUCUCGCCUCACAGCCCUGAGGGUGAAGAAGACCCUGGCAAAGAUGUUAGAGUCCCAAGACAUCAAACUGUGACAGCGAGUCAAGAGGGAUGCUCUCAUCAGCACAGACUUGUCACUGCCACUGGCACGGCGCCACUUACAAUGGCCAAUAGAAGAAAGGGAAGAAAAAGAGACUGUGAAUGAUAGGACAAAGGAGAAUGACAGGGGGGAUGAGUGAUGGCGAUAAUGGCAGACGGGGGAGCCAGAGAAGUGAGGGGCGAGAGAUUUAUUAUGUCAGGGGAGAUCUGCCCUCCCAUUGUCUGAGCCACCUCGGCCUCAGAAGCGAGUGUUCAGGUUGUGCUUUCUGUGAAAGCUGAGCGGUCGUCGGGUCCAGACUGUCCCGGUGGGCAAGGACCUUUGCAGCAGAGGAGGACUACAAUCCCUCUGAUCAGUUCCAAACAGGGGAGGCUCCGGCGCUGCCCGUUUAAAGCCAUACAGCGUUAUUAUAUGUGCAGUCUUUUGUACUGCAGCAGCUGCAUCCAUGUUCUGUUCUGUCAGUCCCAACCAUAGUGACUGUCACCCAUCCAAAGAAACGUCUAAUUCAUGCUCAGUGACCUCAUUGUCAAGGACUAUUAUUAUUAUUAUUAUUAUUAUUAUUAUUAUUGUUAUUAUUAUAGAACGAAGCAGAAUAAGACUAAAUUAACUGCAAAACAGACGUCCAGCAGAAACAGAUUCUUCUAUAUAGUAUUCCUAUGUACAUUUUAUUUCAAUAUUAAAAGAUGACUUCUGGGUAAAACACUUAUGUCAGUCAUGAAUGUGUGAAUUUCUGUUUUCGCUGACGCUUGUUGUCUCUUUCUUCCACUCACAGCUCAUGUGUACAUAGCUCUGAAAUCUAAUGGUAAUUGUAGCCCUGCUGGAUGUUAAAAUGUUUUUCUUUAUUUCCGUUGAUUUAUCUGUGUACAGAAUACGUUCCGUCCACUCUGCCACUUAGCAUGUGCCUUAUUUAAUCUGUACAUAUGUGAUUAAUGAGAGUGCACGAGUGGAUCUGGAGAACAUUCCCCCGAUUAAAACUAUGUGUCUUGAA